AUGCCAGAUACACCCAUCAUUCUUGAUGACGAUAAUCGGGGUCUGAAUUACAAUGAUAGAAUCCCAAUUUCCCUCACCGCACCCAGGACAUGCAGCCGGGAAAUCAGUGUUGGGAGUGUCGAAGCCAACUCCGAGGACCAGAAGCCACCACUGGCAGUAUUGGUUGAAGAUGGUGGAGGGACUUCAACGGAGGAGUGGCUGGUCGAUGAAAUCCUCAAGUUGAUGGUGGUCGAGGAAGGUGAUCAAGAGAUGCGCUGGUACUUUGUGAAAUGGAGGGGCUACGACCCUUCUUGGCAACCUGAACGUGAUCUGAUCCCUGGAUGA